GAGGCGGCGCGCGGCGGGCGCCCGAGGAGGGGGCACGCAGGGGGCGGAGCGCAGCCGCCACCUUCCCCGCUAAUCCUUUCUCCUGCCGCAGAGGAGACGGGCGGCCGGAGCGCGACACUUCGCCGACGCUGCGCGGGCCCGGCAGGAUGGCGACCGUGGCGGUGGAAGCCGCCGAGCCCGAGCCGUCCGGCAGCCUCGCCAACCCGGCGGCGUCCACCUCGCCCAGCCUGUCGCACCGCUUCCUCGACAGCAAGUUCUACCUGCUCGUGGUGGUCGGGGAGAUCGUGACCGAGGAGCACCUGCGGCGCGCCAUCGGCAACAUCGAGCUCGGAAUUCGAUCAUGGGACACAAACCUGAUUGAGUGCAACUUGGACCAAGAACUGAAACUUUUUGUGUCUCGACACUCUGCAAGAUUCUCCCCUGAAGUCCCAGGACAAAAGAUCCUUCACCACCGAAGUGAUGUCUUAGAAACCGUGGUCCUGAUCAACCCUUCUGAUGAAGCAGUCAGCACCGAGGUGCGCUUAAUGAUCACGGAUGCGGCCCGACACAAGCUGCUCGUGCUGACCGGCCAGUGCUUUGAAAAUACCGGAGAGCUCAUUCUCCAGUCUGGCUCUUUCUCCUUCCAGAACUUCAUCGAGAUUUUCACCGAUCAAGAGAUUGGAGAAUUACUGAGCACCACCCAUCCUGCCAACAAAGCCAGCUUAACCUUGUUCUGUCCUGAAGAAGGGGACUGGAAGAACUCCAAUCUGGACAGACACAAUCUCCAAGACUUCAUCAAUAUCAAACUCAACUCAGCUUCAAUUUUGCCAGAAAUGGAAGGACUUUCUGAGUUCACAGAGUACCUCUCUGAGUCGGUGGAGGUUCCAUCGCCCUUUGACAUCCUGGAGCCUCCCACAUCAGGAGGCUUUCUGAAGCUCUCCAAGCCCUGCUGCUACAUUUUCCCAGGAGGCAGGGGUGAUUCUGCGCUGUUCGCUGUGAACGGAUUCAAUAUGCUCAUUAACGGGGGAUCAGAAAGAAAAUCCUGCUUCUGGAAGCUUAUUCGACACUUGGACCGAGUUGACUCCAUCCUGCUUACCCACAUUGGGGAUGACAACUUGCCCGGCAUCAACAGCAUGCUGCAGCGGAAGAUUGCAGAGCUCGAGGAAGAGCAGUCCCAGGGCUCCACCACCAACAGUGACUGGAUGAAGAACCUCAUCUCCCCUGACUUAGGAGUUGUGUUUCUCAAUGUCCCUGAAAACCUGAAAAACCCAGAACCAAACAUCAAGAUGAAGAGGAGCAUCGAAGAAGCCUGCUUCACUCUCCAGUACCUAAACAAAUUAUCCAUGAAGCCCGAACCUCUAUUCAGAAGUGUCGGCAAUGCUAUUGAUCCUGUCAUCCUUUUCCAGAAGAUGGGAGUGGGUAAACUUGAGAUGUACGUCCUUAACCCGGUCAAGAGCAGCAAGGAAAUGCAGUAUUUCAUGCAACAGUGGACUGGUACCAACAAAGACAAGGCCGAACUAAUCCUGCCGAAUGGUCAAGAAAUCGAUCUCCCAAUUUCCUACUUAACUUCUGUCUCAUCUUUGAUCGUGUGGCAUCCCGCCAACCCUGCAGAGAAAAUCAUCCGCGUUCUGUUUCCUGGAAACAGCACCCAAUAUAACAUCCUGGAAGGACUGGAAAAGCUCAAACAUUUAGACUUUCUGAAACAGCCACUGGCCACCCAGAAGGAUCUUACUGGCCAGGUGGCCAGUCCUGCUGUGAAACAAAUCAAACUGAAACAGAGAACAGAUAGCCGAGAGAGCCUGAAGCCCGCUGCAAAACCACUGGCCAGCAAGACUGUGAGAAAGGAGUCUAAGGAGGAAAGCGCUGAGGUCACCAAGGCAAAUCAUGUGGAGAAGCCACCCAAAGCUGAAAGCAAAGAAAAGGUCGUAGUGAAAAAAGACAAGCCAGUGAAAACAGAGGCCAAGGCUCCAGGCACGGAGAAGGAGACUGGUAAAGAAGAGCAGUCUCCAGGGAAAGCCGACGGUGCCGAGAAACCAGCCACUGACGCCAAACCCAAAGUGGUCAAGGAGAAGACAGUGAAGAAAGAAAUCAAGGCCAAAUCAGAAGACAAGAAAGAGGAAAAGGAAAAGCCAAAGAAAGAAGUGGCUAAAAAGGAGGACAAAACCCCAAUUAAGAAAGAAGAAAAACCGAAAAAGGAAGAGGUGAAAAAGGAAGUCAAGAAGGACGUCAAGAAGGAAGAGAAAAAAGAAACCAAGAAAGAGGUAAAGAAGGAGACACCAUUGAAGGAAGCCAAGAAGGAAGUGAAGAAGGAAGAGAAGAAGGACAUUAAGAAGGAAGAGAAAGAACCCAAGAAAGAGGUUAAGAAAAUCAUUAAAGACACAAAGAAAUCAUCCACUCCUCUCUCUGAUGCGAAAAAGCCAGCAGCAUUAAAACCAAAAGUACCCAAGAAGGAAGAGUCUGUCAAGAAAGAGUCUCCGGCUGCCGGGAAGCUGAAGGAAAAAGGGAAGGUUAAAGUCAUUAAGAAGGAAAGCAAGACGACAGAGGCAGCUGCUGCAGCCGCUGGUGCUGGGGCCACCACAGCAGCUGUGGCAGCAGCAGCAGCUGCAGCGGCCACACCUGGCCCCACCAAAGAGCUCGAAGCUGAGAGGUCCCUCAUGUCAUCCCCCGAGGAUCUCACCAAGGACUUUGAAGAGCUCAAGGCUGAAGAGGUGGACGUAGCCAAAGACAUCAAACCUCAGCUCGAACUGAUUGAAGAUGAAGAAAAACGGAAGGAAACGGAGGCAGUCGAAGCAUAUGUCAUCCAAAAAGAGACCGAAGUCAUCAAAGGUCCCGCCGAGUCCCCUGACGAGGGCAUCACCACCACAGAGGGGGAGGGGGAAUGUGAGCAGACCCCCGAGGAGCUGGAGCCAGUUGAGAAGCAAAGGGUGGACGACAUUGAGAAAUAUGAAGAUGAGGGAGCGGGUUUCGAAGAAUCCUCAGAGACCGGAGACUAUGAAGAGAAGGCAGAGACUGAAGAGGCUGAGGAACCCGAGGAGGAUGGAGAAGAAAAUGGAUACGUGAGCACGUCUAAGCACAGCGUCCUGGAGGAGGAGGACAGCGCCAAGGCAGAGGCCGAUGUGCACCUGAAGAAGAGGGAGUCCGUGGCCAGUGGGGAUGACCGAGCGGAAGAAGAUAUGGAUGAGGCUGUAGAGAAAGGAGAGGCUGAACCAUCGGAGGAGGAGGGUGAUGAGGAGGACAAAGCUGAAGAUGUCAGAGAGGAAGACUAUGAGGCUGAAAAAGUUGAAGCGGAGGAUUAUGUUAUGGCCGUGGUUGACAAGGCUGCAGAGGUGAGUGGUACGGAGGAUCAGUAUGGAUUCCUGAGCACCUCCACCAAGCAAGUGGGGGCCCAAUCACCUGGCCAAGCACCUGCCUCUUCAAUUCAUGAUGAGACUUUACCUGGAGGCUCAGAGAGUGAGGCCACAGCAUCUGAUGAGGAGAAUAGAGAAGACCAGCCAGAAGAAUUCACUGCCACCUCUGGCUACACUCAGUCCACUAUUGAAAUAUCCAGUGAGCCCACCCCUAUGGAUGAGAUGUCUACUCCCCGAGAUGUCAUGAGCGAUGAAACCAACAAUGAGGAGACAGAGUCACCCUCUCAAGAGUUUGCUAACAUCACCAAAUACGAAUCUUCACUGUAUUCUCAGGAAUACUCCAAACAUGCUGUUACAUCCCUCAAUGGACUCUCUGAAGGGUCAAAAACAGAUGCCACUGAUGGGAAAGACUAUAAUGCUUCUGCCUCCACCAUCUCUCCACCAUCAUCCAUGGAGGAAGAUAAAUUCAGCAGAUCUGUUCUGAGAGAUGCGUACUGCUCUGAAGAGAAGGAGGUGAAAGCCAGCACCAUGUUGAACAUCAAGGAUGCCGUCUCAACAGUUUCUCCUGACACACGGAGUCCAUCCAAGAGCCCUUCCCUGAGUCCAUCUCCUCCAUCACCCAUAGAAAAGACCCCCCUGGGUGAACGUAGUGUCAACUUUUCGCUGACACCCAAUGAAAUUAAAGUCUCAGCAGAAGCCCCAGCUGUACCCACAUCUCCUGAAGUAACCCAGGAAGUGGUGGAAGAACACUGUGCUAGUCCUGAGGAAAAAACCCUGGAGGUGGUCUCUCCUUCUCAGUCUGUGACGGGCAGUGCUGGCCACACACCUUACUACCAGUCGCCCACUGAAGAGAAAGCCAGUCAGCUCCCUACAGAAGUCAACAAAAAGACCACGGCCACCUCGGAGAGUUUUGAAUUUAAUGAUACCAAAGAUGAGCACGAGAGGGCUUCCAUAAGCCCCAUGGAUGAACCCGUUCCUGACUCAGAGUCUCCCAUUGAAAAGGUUUUGUCUCCCUUACGGAGCCCUCCUCUCAUCGGAUCAGAGUCUGCCUAUGAAAGUUUCCUAAGUGCCGAUGACAAGGCUCCUGGCGGAUGUGUGGAGAGCCCCUUUGAAGGAAAGAAUGGGAAACAUGGCUUUUCAGACCAAAUAAGUCCAGUCUCUGACGUGAAUUCCACUGGUCUUUUCCAAGGUCAACAGAAAGAGAAAAGCACAGACUUUAUACCAAUAAAGGAGGACUUUGGGCAAGAAAAGAAAGCUGAUGCUGCUGAUGCUGCGAGUUCUCAGUCAGGACUGGCUUUGGAUGAGAGGAAGUUAGGAGGAGAGGUUUCCCCGACACAAAUAGAUGUCAGUCAGUUCGGAUCCUUUAAAGAGGACACCAAGAUGUCCAUUUCUGAAGGCACUGUCUCAGACAAGUCGGCAACACCUGUUGACGAGGGGGUAGCAGAAGACACCUACUCUCACAUAGAGGGCGUGGCCUCUGUCUCCACUGCAUCUGUGGCCACCAGCUCAUUUCCAGAACCCACCACCGAUGACGUGUCUCCUUCGCUGCACGCAGAGGUGGGUUCCCCGCAUUCCACCGAAGUAGAUGACUCCCUUUCAGUGUCUGUCGUGCAAACGCCCACCACAUUCCAGGAAACAGAAAUGUCUCCAUCAAAAGAAGAAUGCCCAAGACCGAUGUCCAUUUCUCCACCAGACUUCUCCCCUAAAACAGCCAAAUCCAGGACCCCGGUGCAAGAUCACAGGUCUGAACAAUCCUCCAUGUCUGUUGAAUUUGGCCAAGAAUCUCCAGAGCACUCCCUGGCGAUGGACUUCAGCCGACAGUCUCCAGACCACCCUGCAGUGGGUGCGAGUGUGCUUCAUAUCACUGAAAACGGGCCGACCGAGGUGGACUACAGUCCUUCCGACAUGCAGGAUUCCAGCCUCGCACAUAAGAUGCCACCACUGGAGGAUCCCUCCUCCUACACCCAAGAUAAUGAUCUUUCUGAGCUCAUCUCAGUAUCUCAGGUCGAGGCUUCCCCAUCCACCUCUUCUGCACAUACCCCUUCUCAGAUAGCGUCUCCUCUCCAAGAAGAAGCUCUCUCUGAUGUACCUCCCCGAGAUAUGUCCCUAUAUGCCUCACUCACCUCUGAAAAAGGGCAAAAUCUGGAAGGAGAGAAGCUCUCCCCCAAGUCUGAUAUCUCUCCGCUCACUCCCAGAGAGUCCUCUCCUUUAUAUUCACCUAGUUUUUCAGAUUCUACCUCUGCUGUCAAAGAGAAUGUAGCGGCUUGCCACACUUCCUCUCUUCCACCUAUGGAUGCAGCAUCCUCAGAGCCCUAUGGCUUCCGUGCCUCAAUGUUAUUUGAUACAAUGCAACACCAUCUAGCCUUGAACCGAGACUUCAACACCUCUGGCACAGAGAAGGACAAUGGAGGGAAGACUCCUGGCGACUUCAACUAUGCCUAUCAAAAGCCUGAGAAAGCCAACAGGUCUCCUGGUGAGGAAGGGUAUGACUAUGACUCUUACGAGAAGACCGUGAGGGCGCCUGAUGCCAGUGGCUACUAUUAUGAGAAGACGGAGAGAAACAAGUCCCCUUGUGAUGGAGGCUACACCUAUGAGACCAUUGAGAAGACCACCAAGACUCCCGAAGAAGGGGGCUAUGCCUGUGAGAUAAUUGAGAAGACCACGCGGCCCCCUGAGGAAGGGGGGUAUUCUUAUGAGAUCAGUGAGAAGACCAUCCGGACCCCUGAAGUGAGUGGCUACAGCUAUGAAAAGACGGAGAGGACCAGAAGGCUUCUGGAUGACAUCAGCAAUGGCUACGAUGACACUGAGGACAGCGGUCACACCCUGGGGGAUUGCAGCUACUCCUAUGAGACCACAGAGAAAAUCUCCAGUUUCCCUGAGUCAGAAAGCUACUCCUAUGAGAAAUCGACAAAAACUACCCGAACCCCUGAAAUGUCUACCUACUGUUAUGAGACCUCAGAGAAGAUCACCCGCACCCCACAGGCAUCUACCUAUUCCUACGAGACUUCUGACCAGUGCUACCCUGCAGACAAGAAGUCCCCGUCCGAGGCUCGCCAGGAAGUCGACUUAUGCCUUGUGACCUCCUGUGAGUACAAGCACCCCAAGACCGAGCUCUCCCCCUCCUUCAUUAACCCCAAUCCUCUCGAGUGGUUUGCCAGUGAAGAGCAACCUGAAGAAACAGAGAAGCCCCUCACUCAGUCUGGGGGUGCUCCACCACCUCCAGGAGGAAAGUCACAGGGGCGGCAGUGUGACGAGACACCCCCCACGUCUGUCAGUGAGUCGGCCCCCUCCCAGACCGACUCAGAUGUGCCCCCUGAGACAGAGGAGUGCCCUUCCAUCACAGCUGAUGCGAAUAUCGAUUCUGAGGAUGAGUCUGAAACCAUUCCCACAGACAAAACCGUCACCUACAAACACAUGGACCCCCCGCCAGCCCCCAUGCAAGACCGCAGCCCUUCUCCACGCCACCCUGAUGUGUCCAUGAUGGACCCUGAGGCCUUGGCUAUCGAGCAGAACCUGGGCAAAGCACUGAAGAAAGACCUGAAGGAGAAGACCAAGACCAAAAAGCCAGGGACCAAGACCAAGUCCUCGUCUCCUGUCAAGAAGGGUGAUGGGAAGUCCAAGCCCUCUGCUGCUUCCCCAAAGCCAGGGGGCUUGAAGGAGUCCUUAGAUAAGGUGUCUAGAGUGGCUUCUCCCAAGAAGAAAGAAUCUGUGGAGAAGGCCACAAAAGCUGCGACCACGCCUGAGGUUAAAGCAGCACGUGGGGAAGAGAAGGACAAAGAGACCAAGAAUGCCACCAAUGCUUCCACAUCCAAAUCCGUAAAGACGGCCACGGCAGGACCAGGAACCACCAAGACAACCAAGCCCUCAGCUGUGCCUCCAGGUCCCCCUGUGUAUUUGGACCUGUGCUAUAUUCCCAACCACAGCAAUAGUAAGAAUGUUGAUGCCGAGUUUUUCAAGAGAGUAAGGUCGUCCUACUACGUGGUGAGUGGGAAUGACCCUGCCGCAGAGGAGCCCAGCCGGGCUGUCCUGGAUGCCUUGUUGGAAGGCAGGGCUCAGUGGGGCAGCAACAUGCAGGUGACACUGAUCCCAACCCAUGAUUCAGAAGUGAUGAGGGAGUGGUACCAGGAGACGCACGAGAAACAGCAGGACCUCAACAUCAUGGUUCUUGCGAGCAGCAGCACCGUGGUUAUGCAAGAUGAAUCCUUCCCUGCAUGCAAGAUUGAACUGUAACCGCCAAGGUCCGCCACACCACAGGAUUUGAACUUUGUCUCCAGAAAUUCUCCAAUUUGAAACCACCUUUUCUAAAACAUCAAUUCAUCUAAAUAAGUUGCUCAACUGUUACCUGCCAAAUGCUAUGCUGUGUCACGGUGAUGGAAGUCACUAAUAUUUCUCACUUUUUGCCGAUUGCUAAGGGAAGUAACAGUAUUCCCAAAGUAGGGUUCAAGUUACUGCAAAAUUACCUACCACAGUUCAUCUCUGCUGAACAUUUGGAAACCAUGCACUAGCCAACCCAACUGAUUUUUGCUAGGUAGAGGCAUUUGUCUUAGAGAGAGAGCGAGCAAGAAAGAGAGAGAGCGAAUGCGUGCGCAUCAAGAGAAGAGAAUGCAGGAGAGAGGAGAGAAUGAGAAAGAAAAAGAAUGCAAAAGAAGGGUGAUGGAAUGAUAGAGAGUGCUGGUGAGACACCCAGAGAGAAUAAGAGACAGCAGGAGGGGUGAGGGGGGAGCAUAACCCAUGGUGAGGUCUGCAUUUCCUCAGGCAUCUUUAUUCUGUAGUCUGCAGAGGCAGAAUUUUCAACUUGUGUCAGUCUGAGUCAUCAAAAAGGGUCUUAAUUUUCUAAAGCAAGUUGGUGGAAGACAAUACAAAGAACAUUAGCGGGCAUGUGAGAUUUUCUCGCCUUAAUUAAGCUCCUUCAAGUUUGAAGGCUGCACACUGACAUAACUUAGUGAGUGUAGACUGGGUACACAAGGGUUUGAACCCCAACUCAGUACUCCCAGACUCUUCAGACAGCAAGUAGAUUGAUCUAAGGCAUGCUCCCAGCGUUCUUACGCCCAGUUAGUCCACUGAUUCAAUUUACCUGCAUGCGGAAACACCCAAGUCCACCCUGAUUAACAAGCCAAUACCAAAGCAGUUGGGAGUACAUAUGGUAGACAAUUUGCCUUAGAAAGCGACUUGAAUGUACAAAGAAACUUGAUGCACUUAUUUUUUAAUGUGAGACCACAAGUUUAUAAAAACAUCCGUGUAGGAUUAUAAACACUCCAGUUAAAGGAGCAGGUGUGUGCACGAGUGUGGGGGUACUAGAAGCUGAGCUGACUGGUGCAAGUUUGAGGCCAAGUCACAAGUGUCCCAUAUCACUUCCGUGCACCUGCACCCCUCAGCCAAACAAGUUGAGAUUUUUGUAGUUUCUUUACUACUGCACAUUCAAGGUUGAAAUGGCUUCUAUGGUCAGAACUGGGCAAACAGUGAAUCUUACGGUGGAAGAAUUUCUCAGCAAAUGUACAGUAUUUACCUUUCUCUGUCUUACAUUGGCUUUUUUUUUUAAUUUUCAACUAAUUUCAGCCUCAUUAUGGGAACAAGUGUACAGAAGAACUUUUUUUAAGCUAUGUGAGAACUUUUCAUAGAUGAACUUUAUAACAAAUGUUUUCAUUUACAGGCAAAUACAAGGAAAAACUCAAGUGACAGUUCUUUUUUUUUUUUAAGUAUCGUAAGACAAGAACAAAAAAUAAUGUUUGAAGUUCUGGUGAGAUUGAAACCUGAUAUUGCAGUAAUAAUAUUUAUUAAAAACCCAUAAUUACCAGGAAUAGUGAUACCUCCCACCCCUUGAUGCCAUAACAUAACUAUCUUGAGUACAUGUUCUUUGAGAGUGGUGGACCUAAAGACAUGCUAGGCUACUUACUUGUACAGGCCAAGUCCAUCACCUAAUGGUUCCCGCAUACUUCUUCCAAGAUCUUCAUCCAUGAGGUAAAAGAGUCAAGAUGAGCUCAAUGAACACUAGCAAAAUUUUGCUUUGGGGUAUUCUUUUCUGUGG